AUGAACGUGCGCACGGAGCGAUUGAUCGGGCAGGAUUCGCGCCUCCAUUUUUCCAGGAGAGAGCGGGAGACCGAGAGAGCGGGACCAGCGGCUGGCAGAAAAAUUAUCUUCCCCUUCUCCAAGAUGUACAGAACCAAAGUGGGCUUGAAGGACCGCCAGCAGCUCUACAAGCUGAUCAUUAGCCAGCUGCUCUACGAUGGCUAUAUCAGCAUCGCCAAUGGCCUCAUCAAUGAAAUCAAGCCUCAGUCUGUGUGUGCACCCUCGGAGCAGCUCCUGCAUCUCAUCAAACUUGGAAUGGAAAAUGACGACACUGCAGUUCAGUAUGCAAUUGGUCGGUCAGACACAGUUGCCCCUGGCACAGGAAUUGACCUGGAAUUUGAUGCAGAUGUCCAGACUAUGUCCCCAGAAGCAUCAGAGUACGAAACCUGCUACGUCACGUCCCACAAAGGACCCUGUCGCGUAGCUACCUAUAGUAGAGAUGGGCAGCUAAUAGCUACUGGAUCUGCUGACGCGUCCAUAAAAAUCCUAGACACAGAAAGAAUGCUGGCCAAAAGUGCCAUGCCGAUUGAGGUCAUGAUGAACGAGACUGCACAGCAGAACAUGGAAAACCACCCAGUGAUUCGAACUCUUUACGACCACGUGGAUGAAGUCACGUGUCUUGCCUUCCACCCAACAGAACAGAUCCUCGCCUCUGGUUCAAGGGAUUAUACUCUUAAAUUAUUUGAUUAUUCCAAACCGUCUGCAAAAAGAGCCUUCAAAUACAUCCAGGAGGCUGAAAUGUUACGCUCCAUCUCCUUUCAUCCUUCUGGAGACUUUAUACUUGUGGGGACUCAGCAUCCGACACUUCGACUUUACGACAUCAACACAUUUCAGUGCUUUGUCUCUUGCAACCCUCAAGAUCAGCACACUGAUGCCAUAUGUUCAGUGAAUUACAAUCCUAGUGCCAAUAUGUACGUGACUGGUAGCAAGGAUGGCUGCAUCAAAUUAUGGGAUGGCGUCUCAAAUCGGUGCAUCACAACGUUCGAGAAAGCACAUGAUGGCGCGGAAGUUUGUUCUGCCAUCUUUUCGAAAAAUUCUAAAUACAUUCUGUCAAGUGGAAAAGACUCUGUAGCUAAACUUUGGGAAAUAUCAACAGGACGAACGCUGGUCAGAUACACAGGUGCUGGCUUGAGCGGGCGGCAGGUGCACCGGACGCAGGCUGUCUUCAACCACACGGAGGACUACGUGCUGCUGCCCGACGAGAGGACCAUCAGCCUGUGCUGCUGGGACUCGCGCACGGCCGAGCGCCGGAACCUGCUCUCGCUGGGCCACAACAACAUCGUGCGCUGCAUCGUGCACUCGCCCACCAACCCCGGCUUCAUGACCUGCAGCGAUGACUUCCGGGCACGGUUUUGGUACCGGCGGUCAACCACGGACUAGAGCUGCCUGCGCUCCACAGGGUUCUUUUCUGGAGGACUCUGCCCUCCUCUCCACCAACCCCCCUCCUUGUCCGUCACCAGCCUCAGUAGUAAGUCAUCGCUCCAUCUCCGGCAGUUGUGCUGCCACCUCUACAUCCUUCUGGGAUUUGUAUGAAAGAAUCUUUUUUUACCUUGAUGGAGAAUCAUGGUGGAAAAAGUUGGGAACACAGAUCUGUGCGGUUGUUCUGCACUCACUGAUUAUUACAGUGUGAUUUUCAUCAGUUUUGUAAAUACAGGACUGGCUUUCCCUAGACUCUUGAUCAUUUGAAGGAUAGGGUAUUAAAGUGCUUUCUGGAUC